AUGGAAGCAGCUGCAAAUUUCUUGAGGAGGAAGCGGUCGGCCGGGGGGGAGAAGGGCAGAUCGCUUUUCUCAAAAGCACAGCAAAUCCCCGCGUCGAAUGCCGCCAGACCACAGAGAUUGGACUUGGACCUCCCCGAUCUUCCCAGGCUGGACCUCUCCGAGUUGCUUCGUUUUGAUGAGGCCCAAUCGAAGGCUCCCGGUCCAUCUUUGCUAUCGCCAGAAACAACAACAAGAGGAACAACAACAGGAAUUCCAGCACCGCCCAAGUCCACGCCGCCAACCACAACAACAACGCCGAUAUCAGCAGCGCCGACGUCAGCGACGUCAGCUUUGAGCCCAUUGGCCAAGAAGCUGCCUGUUGCACCAAUCCAGACUCGUACUGGUAUCUCUGGUCCAACAACGGGUCCUCCCUCUGCGCCGCCUCCUCCGCCGCCACAGCAAGUAAAGCCAAAGCCGCUGCCAGCGCCCAGGUCUGCUGUGGAAGCACCCAGUUGGGAAAGGACCGGGUCGCAGCAGCCCGGAGCUGAUAGGCAGAAGGCAGCCACUAUGAUCACGACUGCCAACGCGGCCUCCACGCCCACUACCCCAACGGCUGCUUCCCACGUCAAACCUUGGAAUGCUCCGCUACCGCCGCUCCCGCCUAUGUCGAUACCCCGACGGCCUGUUCGUGGUGGCAUAAGUUCCCCUACUUCGCCUUCGCUUGUGACUUCUCCCAAACCGGUUGCGGCUUCCCCAGACUCGCCCACCCUGAGGCCCAUCGCAGCUUCCCGGCCAUCCUCUCCACCCCGCUCAGCCCCAGCCCCGGCUUCGGUUCCGGCUCCGGCUUCGGCCUCGGCCCCGGCAAAUCGCAAGCCCGCCGUGUCGCCCAACACUUCGGUUCCUGUGUCACCAGCUGGCUCGUUGUCCAGCAUAUUGUGGGCAUAUUCGGAUGGCAGUGCUGGAUCAACCCCGAGAUCCUCGACAAACUCUACCCAUAGCUUUCCCGGUUCCAAGGAGCCCAACCCAAGCACAGCGUCUUCGAGAGUAGCCGGACAAGUCGCAUCUUCGAACCACCAUGAACAAAAGAGGGAAGAAGACAGACCCCGAAAGUUCGCACAGUCAGAGCGAGAAUUGCCGCCGGCACCGCCCGCCCCUCCAGUGAAAGAGAAAGACUCGCAGCCCACAAGCCGUCAAAGGCCGCAGACGCCGCCAAAGAUUCCGCGACUUCAAACGCAAUCUGAACAAGCUUCGACAGGGGCGCCAAUCGCGCCGAUCUCGAUCAACGGCUCAAACACAUCGCCCCAGCAAGGAGAGCUUUGGAGACGGAGAUCGGUGAAGAGUGAAAAGAACCUGGUGGUUGCGGACCUUAAACUUGAUUCCAGCAACGGAUCCACCGCAGAAUCAGCCCAGAUUCAGUCUCAUGCUGCUUCGCGCACCGCCGACGCCCAGCCAACAGUAACACCGCCUUUGUCGCCAGGGCACAUCGACGCAUCCCCACCUGCAGCCAAUAACAAUACCCGUGCCCCAGUGCAUAGGACCACUGCCAAUGCUCUUCCUGGGAGAAACAUUCGUCCUUCAGCCUCUCGCCAACAAGUCAUUCCCCAGGUUCAGGAUACGAUGGGCCAAGCCAAAUCCCACCUGAGAAAGAAGAGCCGCGACGACACUCAGAGAGCGGGUACGCCAGCGGAAAAGGCAGCUGUGUCGCAACCGACAUCCGAAGCCAGCAAUGGGCUGCUUGCCGCCGCCGCCGCCACUACCGCUCCUUCCGUCGCCCGCCAUCCCGCACCCGAAUAUGGACAGUACGAAGUCAGGCAACCAAAUGGAGAUUGGGAACCGAACGCACCACCGGCACAACAACAACAACAAGUACCAUUGACGAAUGGACAGGGAGGAAACAGGCCUGCGAUUCAGCGAAAAGCAAUUGGAGGACAUGACUCUCAGGUGCGGCCAGUGAACAAUUCGAACCUGGCCCCAAGCGACACAAACAAUGGUGGUGCCAAUGGUGGUGCCGGGCUCUCCGUGCGCUCGCCUGUUGGACUCCCCGCUUCUCCUGCGGCCAACCGGGGGCGCCCCGUAGAGCGACCCCCGCCCCCCAACGCGGCCCCGUACCCCACUCGAACCACUUCUAAAACCAGCAACGGAUACCACCAACCCGCGAACGGAAACCCAGCUCCUCAAAUUCAGGUCCAGGACGCAUACCGGCAAUACUCCAAUGGCACCAUAGAUCAUGGCUCCCUCUCGGAAUCCGGAUCCGCUGUAUCGGUCGAGACCCUCAAGCCGCCGAAGUGCAGAUACCUCGACAACGAGAUCGCCGUGAUUUCGGACGAGGAGGAGCCCGAGGAGCAGUCCUGGCCCGAGAGGACUGACCACCCGGGCGUGGCCCUCUUCCUGAAGAACAAGAAGAAGAAGUGGUGGGCACCACUGCCAGCCGACGGAGUGCUGGAUGCGCCCCCUCUUACGGACAGGCACUACCGAUGCCUCACAAGCCAUAAAUUCAUGACGCCGAGCCGACAGCGACAUAAUCGAAUUGCCUGCCGCACCUGUGGUGAGAGACAACAUGUGGAUUGCUGCAUUUGCAGUUCCUGUGCCCUCAACAUCUGCCCUCCCUGCGCCAAAAGCUUGAAGGUGUUUGGAGGAAACUUGAAGCAGCUUUUGCGCCAUGUGGAAGAGAGCAGGCAGUUCAAUGAGGAGGAUGAGAGCGGCCAAAUGACCCCCCUGGGAGACCACUACGCGAACCACAACGGUGGCUACUACGGGUCGCCAGCAGUUAACGGUGUGCUCUCUCCCGUUGAUACACGUUAA